CAUCCAUCGUUGCAAUUGUACUUAUCCCAUGUUAUGUGACCAAGGGGCAUAACUCUAUUCAAACGUUGCUAAUCCCUGGGGACAUGUUUAUUGGCGGGGACAUAAAUCACUCAGUUGAAUUUGCAGCCUAUGGAAAUCCAUAACCUGCCAUUGUCACCGCAUCUCCAUUCAGUACACAAUCCAGCUGUAUUGACAUACCAAAUCAACACCUGCUGGAGACAACAACGCCUGGUUACUUUCCACGGUAAUACAAGACUAAUCCGCCUAUUCAUUCAACAGGCCAGUCACCAUUGGGCGGAUAAUAAUCAUCGGGGGUACAAUUUGCCAAGUCACCGGUAGCGUCGUGGCCUCGCGAGCUCGCCACAUGUGACAGUGUUUUCAAUGUUUCAGUGGGAGACAUCGGGAUAUGUACGCCAUCGUAAACGUUCUGGAAGGCAACAAACGAGGAACGAAGCGACAUGCCACAGUCGUGGCAGAUUGGGGAGCGCGGUAAGCGGUUCAAGACAUUUAAAAGAAGAAAUGACAGUCAGGAAAAUAGUGAUACGCGCGACUCGCCAGAGGAUGAGGAAGAAGUCACCCUCCCUUCCAGACCCCAUGACAAGUGGCGACCGACCUUGCUGAAGGAGGGAAGCACCAUGACAAUGUCAAGGUCACAUGACGAACCGGACCAAUCAGAUAUCCCCUCUAAUUCCACGUCAGCUGACGGCAUUCCAGACUCCCCGAAGGACGACAAGAAGCAGGUCACAAACUCGACCCCAGUAGACCCCUCCCCAGAGGAUCUUGUUCUGGACCCGAACGGGAAAUGGGCGUAUUACUGGAUGGGAGUCGUUGCGUCCGCCGUCAUGUACAACUGUGCUGUCAUCAUCCUGAGAGUCGCCUUCCGGGAGCUCCGGGAACACUCAGUGUACCAGCGCAUCUUUUCAACACUUGACAACAUCGGGGACGUCAUUUACCUCGUCGACAUCGGAGUUCAAGCCAGGACGGCCUUCCUGCAGGAUGGCUGCUUGGUUCGGGACCCAGAACAGCUGUUUCGUCACUAUCGUAGGAAAACAAGGUUCCUGUUGGAUGUGUCUUCAAUACUUCCACUCACCACAGCGUAUGGGAUGUUGACAGGUGUUCUUCAGCUUCUCCCCUUUAGCAUCAUUUUUCACGAUGCCACUCACCUUGCCGCCCCUAUCAUGAGGAUAGCUCGCCUCCUCAAGUACCACACACUGGCCAACUUCUUCCAAGCAACGGACAGCCACACUAGCAACCCCAAUCUACUCCGGGCCUUCAAGCUCUCUGUCCACCUGUGGAUGGUCAUCCAUUGGAUUGGCUGUAUCUACUACAUGACGUCAGAGUAUGAAGGCCUCGGCAGCAACGACUGGGUGUACCCCGACGGCGAGGAGUACAGCGCCCUCAUGCGGAAGUACAUCCGGUGUACCUACUGGUCAACCAUGACACUGACAACCAUUGGGGAGAGACCCUCACCGAUCACAGACCUGGAGUAUGUCUUCACUGGUAUGACGUUCCUCAUAGGCGUUUUCGUUUUCGCCGCCGUUGUUGGGAACGUCGGUGAUGUCAUCAGCAACAUCCACGCUGCGAGACAGGACUUCCAGGCUCGAAUGGACCAGAUAAAGUUCUACAUGCAGCACCGUCACGUUCCCGAGCAUCUACAGGACCGGGUGAAGAAAUGGGCAGACUAUACGUGGAACAGGACCAAGGCUAUAGAUGAACCCAGUGUAUUGCAACUUCUGCCAGAGAGACUGCGGACAGAGAUCGCCAUCCAUGUUCAUCUGGAGACACUGAAGAAGGUCAAGAUUUUCGAGGAGUGUGAAGAGGGGUUGCUGAGGGAGUUGGUGCUGAAACUGAGGCCCCAGAUCUACUCCCCAGGAGACUACAUUUGCCGCAUUGGAGAGAUAGGUCGGGAAAUGUACAUUCUGAACCAUGGAAGAGUGGAGAUUCUGGUCCCAAGCGCUGUGGCCGGUCAGAGGACGCAGGUAGCCGUCCUCACCCCAGGGAACUACUUCGGGGAGAUAAGCCUACUCAAGUUGGACGACGGGCAGAACAGACGUACAGCGGACGUGAGGGCUAUCGGUUACUCGGAGCUACUGUGCUUGUCUCGUAGGGAUCUCCUUUCGGCCCUUGUGGAAUACCCUAAUGCAAAGGAAAUACUGGAAGCCCAAGCGAAGGAACGGAUGAUGCAGACCAAGGGAGUGCAGAAGUCGGACGCCGGCACCCGCCGGGCAAACACCGCCCCCAAGAGGCGGGCACGUGACAUAUUUGCUGACGUCAUGAGACAAGAAGGUUUUGCUAAGCUCAUAUCUGCGCGAGGUCAAGAAAUGAGCGAGCUGCACAAGGUGAUCGCCGAUAUGAAAACUGUUCUCUUACAGGUUUCGCAGUGCAACACAAAACCGAAAUGUCAGUGUGAGGAAUAUCAGAGGAGACUACGACAAAAAGAUAAAUGUCUAAGGAAGGCCACAAGACGUGUAACGGAACUAGAAACUGUCUUGCGGAUCCGUCGCAGUUCUAGCCUACCAGUUUCAGUCCGGGAUCACAUCCCAAGACAAGACAGUACACAGAGCGAUGACUCUUAUGCAAGCCGGGGUCAAGACUUUGCGUGCCAGUGCGUGCACGACGUGCGCGAGUGCAAUAACGGAGUUAUGUCCCCCUUGAUAGCUCGAGGGUCACAAGACAUUGUCUACCUCGGCCGAAGGCCUUCAAGGGGAAAUUCUUUCGGAGACGGAUGCCACAGAUGUCUCUCGCACCAAGACAGUGUGUCAUCUAGUUCGUCUCAAUCUCAUUCAAUGGACCUGCUUUCAACGGAAGCGCAUCUCCACGAAUACAAACACGACUCUGUUAAAAAUGGAAACUUUCACACAUGCGCACGGGAGAAUAACUCAAACGGAAAUGGUUCUCUUAGUCAUCCAGCCAAUCAGGAACCACUUCCGCCUCCAUUAGAUCAGUACUUCCUGGAGGAACUAGACGCCGUGUUUGGAGAUUCCUCGUUGCUUUCCGUGUCUGAGUCAGGGCUGAUCCUGAGCGACGUCAGCUCCAACAGUGACAACAGUUCCAUCGACGACAUCGACGACUUGUGAUACACAUCCCGAUGUCCAAUUUUCGUUCUCAAGUCAUCCGUUGUACAAUAUGUACAUAGAGAGGCACUGUCAGUGAUACCUUGGAUGUCGAUGUGAUCACGUUCUAUUCAGAAUCAGGCAUUUAUGUAAUGGUUUUCGGACAGUUGUUCUGAACCUAGAACAUUGAAAGUGUUUGCGAAGUAAAUGUAUGGAUUAUAUGACCGUUUCAUGACAUUAUACAAAUUCCUACGCAAUAUGGUUCUAUGGUUGGACAUAAUGAACGGCAGAUAUAUUUCAUUCACUGAGUGUCGCUGAACCAAAGCAUAUUCUGUGAUAUGUAUAAGUUUGUGUUGUUGACAAGAGCAUGUGCCACCUUCAGGCGGUGUAUGUUGACGCACCACGCUUCUUACAGUUAUGAUAUCCAGUCCUCGACCGACUUCAGUAAUGCAUUUUUGUUUGGUUUCACGUUGACUAGUCAGCAGAUUCAAACAGACUCGAGCUUGAUUCACUUUGUCUUUUCCGUUGAUUCAUAUAUACUGUCGCACUGACUAGUCCUUGACUUCAUUCAAACUUCUCCGUUAAUUCCUACAAACGGGCGUACGUACUAACUAGUCCUGGGCUUCAUUCAGAUUUGUCCGUUAAUUCCUAUAAACGGUCGUACGUACUGACUAGUCCUUGACUUCAUUCAGACUUGUCUGUUGAUUCGUGUACACAAACCGUUGAACAAACAAUGGAUUCAUUAUACUAGUCUGUGGAUUCAUAAAAUCCAUUGAUUCAAAUAAUUGUCAACUGAUUCACAAAAACUUGUAGAACUGAACUCAUAAAGAUACAGGUCAAAUGGACAGCACCGGUCAAACGUCUGUCGUUUUCGAAACGCUGGAAUCCAAUUGUCAGACGAUUUUUUUCUACUGCCUGUGUGUUACAGGAGAUUCUUUUACCAUAUCAAACAGAGUAGGAAAUGUGAUAUUUUUCUUUCAGCUUGAGUUUCCCAAGAAAAGAGCUUGGCGUGCUGGGGUAGGACAUGUAACUUUCCUUUCGCAUAAAACAGGAUUAUGGAAAUGCUUAUGUUUAAAACAUGUGGGAUGUUGGUCGCUGUUAAAUGAAACUAGUCAAGCAUAAAUGCUAGAGCAGUGUGCUUGUUACAUGGUACCAGGGUUGAUUGACGCUCUGAGCCUUACAAGGAAUGAGUUUGGGGAAAAGGGGAGACAUUUUUGUGGAGAAUGACGACACCAUGGAGGUCUAUCCACUGAACAUUCGUCAGUUGAGAAAAUUGUUUCUUUAUGACAAAUCAGAGAAAUAAGCACAGAUUAGUGACAUGUGGGAAAUGAAUACACAUGUACUUUUGAGUGUGCGCAUUUCCUGUUGGGUGAGGCUCGGAACGUAUCAGUCAACCAUCGUAUUACCAAUGUUGGUGUAAAAAGGACAGGGGCUACAUCAAACGGGUCCACAGGUGUUGAUACAGACUGAUCACUGCAUUCCUGUAUGUGUUUUAUCAUGGCAUUUUCAACUUCUAUACGCAAUUACUCCAGAGUCGCUUGUUUGUUUUGUACACAAUGUAUUAUACAUUUGUAUAUGUUUGUUGAUCUCAGAACAUUCAAUUACACGUUAUGUUCUAUUUUGAA